GUCUGCCCGGAAGGCGGAAGUGCGGGGGCUUCCGGUCGGCGUGAGCUCGCCACACAUUUGUUUCUCAGGUAAAACAUGGCUAAAAGCUUACGGAGUAAGUGGAAAAGAAAGAUGCGUGCUGAAAAGAGAAAGAAGAAUGCCCCAAAGGAGCUCAGCAGACUUAAAAGCAUUCUCAGAGUGGAUGGGGAUGUUUUAAUGAAAGAUGUUCAAGAGGUAGCAACUGUGGUGGCUCUGAAACCUUUCCAGGAGAAAAUGCAAUGUGAGGUAAAAGACGAAAAAGAGGCCAUGAAAAUGGAGACCGAUAUUAAGAGAAACCGCAAGAGUCUUCUGGACCAGCACGGACAGUACCCCGUGUGGAUGAGCCAGAGGCAGAGAAAGAGGCUGAAGGCAAAGCGGGAGAGAAGAAAGGGGAAGAGCAAAGCCAAGGCUGCCAAGGCUGCGAAGGGCCUGGCCUGGUAGACCCUGCAGCUGGGGUGCCACGUGGGCGCGGCCCGAGGAGCAGGUGUGCGCUUCAGCCCUUGCGCGCGCGCGUCUCUUUUCCGUUGCCACUCGGCCUGUUUUCUUCAAUUCAAACCCAGCGUAACUCCUCGAGCUUGUUGACGCACGGAAGCUGUGCUGACGUUUUAACUGGAUGCUUGCCAGCGUCCGGGUUCUGUCGGGUUUGUUAAUGUGGUUGUCACACUUGUUCUUACCAUUUGGUCAUUAUGGCCAGUAAAGGCAAAACUCUGAUGCCACACUGGCAGGUUUGAGUGGACUCAGGUUUCACGAAAUCUAUUAUAUAACCCUGUCAUUUAAAAAUCAAAUGUUGGUAGAUCCUAUCAACAGUACUUGUUUGGUGUUUUGGCUUUGUAUAAUUCAGAAUUAAAGAUAUUUUAUGUGUA